AUGGGGCCCCCGGGCAAUAGAGGAUCAUGGGGCCCCUGUGUCCUCGCCCACACUCAAACCACACCCAAAAAAGCCUAUGAAAGGUACCAGGGACAUCUCAUGGGGCCCCCUACUGACCCCGGGCCCUCGGGCAGUGCCCGAGUUCCCCAAUGGUCAGUCCGCCCCUGGAUAAAUAGGAAUUUGUUUUUUCUAUGACUGAACAAUUCAUGUGAAUAUUCACACAAUUCAUUGUGUGACGAUUCUCAGAUUUUUUUGUAAAUUAGUGUUCUUGUGUGGCAUGUUUUAAUCAUGCUCAUUUGAUUUUCUUGAGGUUAACCUG